CGUUCCGGGAACGUCCUUUACAUACGGCCGCCCCAGAAGCAGAAUCAAACCAGUCGCUUUUCCCGCUAAACGAAAAACUGUCUCUCUCUCUCCCCUUCCCAUUCCUUUCCUUUCCUUUACCUUCCUCUCAAUUAAUAAAUACCUGUAACGCUGUCACAUUUGCCAUAAGCUACUCCGCCCAUUUUCAGCUUCUUCAGCCAUGGCUUGGAGAAAAGAUGGCUUGGAAGUUCACUACAGGGGAGUUCGGAAGAGGCCCUGGGGUCGAUUCGCAGCAGAGAUCAGAGAUCCGGCAAAGAAACAGAGAGUUUGGCUCGGAACUUUCCAUACAGCGCUUGAAGCCGCUGCGGCUUACGAUGCUGCCGCCAUUUUCUUCAGAGGUUCAAAGGCCAAGACUAAUUUCACAUAUUCCUCCUCCACACAGAGCACGGAGCAAAAUAGUACUGUAAAAAUCGUCUCUUGCUCUGUAAAUGACCGCUCCAGACACGUUAAAGAUUCCAUUGCUGGUCUCGAAGCGUCCAACGCGGAGAUUAACAGGCAGCUUUUGUUGUUUCGUUCUGGUGAACAAGAUCUCGGUUCUUCCGUCUGUAGACAGAAAUUUUGUGAGGAGGAGGAGGGAGCAAGAAGGCGAAGCUUUCAAAGCGGCUCUGAUUGUUCGUCAGUUGUCGUGGAUUUGGCGACGAAAGCAGAGGGUGAGGGUUCUAGUGGCAGGAUGUCGUCUGUCUUGGAUCUUAAUCUUCCGCCGCCUCUGGAUGACGGAGAUGAGCGGCAAUUGCUCUAGAUCGGCUCAGAAGAUGCAAUUUUUUUUUCUGUCUUUUGUCGUAAUUUUUAUGAAUAGUUUGUCAUAUGUAAAUUUUGGUGUUACAGAAAAGCACAAUGAAAAUCUUUAUAAUUCAAAGAAUGCAUAUACAGUAAGUACCCCAGCUAUGGUGCAGAGGGAUCUUUGCUUCUGGGUUUUUUCAGUAAUCACGAUGUAAUUUUCAAUAGCAUUUUAAGGAUUUAACAGUGGAGUUUUUCAGAUAAUAUUGACUUAA